UUCGAUCGAGUUAUACAUCGUCUUUACGCCAAUCCUGGGCGCGUUUUUUCGAUCCAAGUCAUCGAUCGCCUCUUUCAACGCCUUUACUGGGCACUUCGAACCGUACAGUUCAAAAUUUUCUACAAAAACGAAGAGCUGGAUCAAAGUGAUUUGAUUGACCGCUGGGAGAUUGGAAUCCAGCCACCGUCUCUUGAUGAACUGGCCACAAGAACACACUUCAAUCGCAGAUGGCUGAAAUAUAUGUACGCGAGAUUUAAAAAUGUAUGUCCAUCAGGACGAAUGAGGGAGAAGGAGUUCCAACAAGUCCUCGCCUCAAUUAUCGCUUCAGAAAGAGCCAAUGACCAGUAUAUCUCACGUGUUUUUCUUGCUUUCUCAAAUGGCGACAAAAGCAUAGUUACAUUCAAGAAUCUCAUUGAAUGUCUGUCUCUUAUCCAACCAUACACGGCCGAGACAAACGCUUUAUGGACGAUACGCACUAUCACAGGACGUCAAGCAGACAAAUUUACAUUUCCGGAGUUCUUGUCUUUCACGCAAGCUGUGUUUGGUCUGAAUGAAGGGGAAGAAAGUGAACAGGAGAAUAUCAAUAAGGAAACAGUCCACUACCGUGCUAGCACAAUUUUCAAUGUGAGCCUCGCAACACCAUGUUAA